UUCGGGAACUCUUGCAAUGGUCUUCAAAUGUGACUUCCGUGUAUUGGCACUCAUAUUUUGACGUUUUGGCCAACAAAAUGACUGCUCCGCACUCUGUAUUAGUUCUGGAUUAUUACUUCAAACUAUGUAUGUCCUACCAGUACAUAAUGACGCAGUCAAUGUUUGUUCUCGUCGAGCACGUGAGGCGGUGUGGUUCAUGUUACUCCUUUUAACGGAUGGCCUUAAACGCAUCAACGAACUCGCCUGGCGUGGCCACUUGACAAGACUGCGCACUUACCUUCUUAACCACCAAUUAUUGAACUUAUUUGCGGUAUUAGGAAGUGUAGUGUGAAGGGCCACCGAGCAUCGGCAUGGCAGCGUCUUCGUCCGUCACGAGUGUGGGUGGCAUACUGAUCAUCACGCGGGUCGUACGGCAAGAUGGCGGAAACGCGUUACAGAGGGACGCGGCGCCGGCUCCGCCUGCUCAUGCGGGUCCCGCCGAGAAGGACCCGGGGGACGCUGACCACCAGCGAAGGGAGCUCCAGGGCCUCGGGGUGGUCCAAGUGGCGGUGGGGCUGCUGUGUGUCCUCUUCAGCCUGACGGCCAUCUCGCACUUCCUGGUUGCGCACGUGGUCUUCUGCGGCGGCGUCUGGUUUGUGGCGUGCGGUUGGGUGACGAUGGGGGCUCGCAGGCGGACCUCAGCCACGCUGAUGCGGGUGUGUCUGUGGUCCAAUGCCGUCGCCAUCCUGCUGAGCCUGGGAGGCGUGGCCUACCUGAGCUGGCUGCUGGCAACCCGCUGGCCCUCAACAGACGUCUGCGGCUUGCGCCCGGACAACCAAUACGAAGCAUGGAGCCGCUGCGUUGCCAGUCUGCGCUUGUUGAAUAUCCUGGUGCAGGGCCUGCGCGGCCUCUUCCUGCUUCUGCUGCUCCUGCAGGCUGCCGUCUGCGCGGCAAUCUGCGUCUUGACUGCCAAGGCCAUCAAGACAGGCUCCCGCUACGCGCCCAUCACGUCGAAGCAAUGAAGUGGCCGCUUCCUGCCCAAAGUCGCCGUGGCCACCCGACCUCACACACCAUUGGAACAUCGGAUUCCAAGGCCAGUGGACGAGGCGUAAUGGCAACACCGUUGGUUUUCUUAAGACCAUAGCCAGAGCGACGUUCCAACAUUCCAGCAACAUUGCUGCAUUCCUACUGCGGCUUUUUUGUUGAAAUAAACCAGCAUAG